UGAAAGCACACAUUUCAAAUAACCUGUGUCUGUAGACAGCAAAACAAGUUUCUAACAUCAAAACCUGUAUCGUGAAGUACGUUUUUUGACAGACUAUACAGAAUAAAAAUGGACACAGAGCUAAUGCAAAAUCUGUGUUUAAAUCUGGUCUUGCUGGGAAGAACAGGAGUUGGGAGGAGUUCAUCAGGAAACACAAUACUGGGUCGAGAAGCUUUCAUCUCAGAGAACAGCUCCACUUCUGUCGAACACAAUGUAGCUGUUGAAAUCGGUAAUAUUUGUGGAUUACCGAUCAAAGUUUAUGACACACCAGGAUUUUCUGAUACAGAGUGGAGAAAGGAAGAUCUUAGGAAAUAUGAAAAAAUUCUUCGGAAUUGUGAAUCGGGCCUGUGUGCGUUUCUGCUGGUUCUCCGGGCAGACAGAUUCACUGAAGAAGAUCAAGAAGCUCUGGAGAAGAUUGAGGAACUUUUGGGAGCAAAGCGUAUACAAAACACCUGGAUUCUCUUUACAAGAGGAGAUGAACUUGAAGAAAAAAAGAAGACCAUAAAUAAAUUCAUCAAAGAAACUGCAUACUUAGAGAACCUUGUUCAGAAAUAUCAGGGCAGAUACCAUGUGUUCAACAACAAGGAUAUAAGAAGACAUGAUGAACAAGUGAAUUCUCUGGCAUCUAAAAUUUUCCACAGGAACUUGGAAAAUUUGACAAAAAGACAAAGAAUUCCAGUCAACAUCCCCAACGUCCCUGUCAACAGUCCUGUCAACAGUCAUUUAUCCAGAAGAAUCGUGCUGCUGGGUAAAAGUGGUGUUGGGAAGAGUGCAGCUGCAAACACAAUUCUGGGACAGAAUAUGUUUAAAUCUAUAGUUGGCUCAAAAUCAGUGACCCGUGAAUCUUCAUUGAAACAUACCACUGUUUCUGGCAGGAAAGUGUCUGUUGUUGAUACUCCUGGAUUCUUUGACACACACAUGAGCUCUGAGCAGUUAAUGAUUGAGAUAGUGAGAAGUGUUUAUUUAUCCAGUCCUGGACCUCAUGCUUUUCUCAUUGUGUUUCCUGUGAAUAGAUUCACUCAGCAGGAGGAAGAGAUUCCUCAGAUGAUUGAGAUGUUGUUUGGUGAAGAAGUGUUGAAAUACUCCAUGAUUCUCUUCACUCAUGGAGAUCAGCUAGAAGGAAGGUCCAUAGAAGGAAUCAUUGAAGAAAAUGAAGCUUUAAGAGAUCUAGUUCAGCAGUGUGGAGGCAGAUAUCACGUCUUCAACAAUAAAGAUGAGAAUAACAGAGAGCAGGUGAAUGAUCUACUGCAGAAGAUUGACACAAUGAUAAAGCAGAAUGGAGGUGGAUACUACAGUAAUGAGAUGUAUGAAGAUGCUUACAGAAUUAGACGAGAAGAAGAGUUUGAGAGUGUAAGAAAGGAGACAAAACAGAGAAUCAGAGCAGAGAUACAACGUGAAAAAAAUUUAAGACAAGAUCAAGAGGAGAAACAAAGACAAGAGGAAAUUGAGAGGCUGAGAAAGCAGACAGAGCAAAAAAUCAGAGCAGAGAUACAGUGUGAGAACAAUGUAAGAAAACAACAAGAGGAGAUUCAAAGACAAGAGGAGACUGAGAGAGUGAGGAGGCAGACAGAGGAGAGAGUCAGACAAACAAUACAGUAUGAGAUUAAUCUGAGACAAAAAGAUGAGAAGAAAAAGAUACAAGAGGAGAUUGAGACAGUGAAGAGGCAGACAGAGGAGAGAGUCAGAUCAGAGUGUGAAGCUCAAAUGAUGUAUACAAUGGAAAGACUUAAAGAGGAAAGACUGAGGGAGGAAGAGGAGAGAAAACAACAAGAGGAGAAACAAAGACAAGAGGAGCUUGAGAGAGUGAGAAAGGAGACAGAGAGGAGAGUCAUAGCAGAGAUAGAAGCUGAAGUGAUGUCUGAAAUGGAAAGACUUAAAGUUGAAAGACAGAGAAAGAAGGAGGAGAGAAAACAACUAAGACAAGAAAGGACUGAGAGAGAGAGAAGGCAGAUAGAGGAGAGAGUCAGAGCAGAGAUACAGCAUGAGAGUACUGUGAGAAAGCAACAAGAGGAGAGAAAAAGACGAGAAGAGAUUGAGAGAGUGAGAAGGAGGACAGAGGAGAGAGUCAGAGCAGAGAUCCAGCGUGAGAGUACUGUGAGAAAGCAACAAGAGGAAAACAAAAGACGAGAAGAGAUUGAGAGAGUGAGAAGGAGGACAGAGGAGAGAGUCAGAGCAGAGAUCCAGCGUGAGAGUACUGUGAGAAAGCAACAAGAGGAAAACAAAAGACGAGAAGAGAUUGAGAGAGUGAGAAGGAGGACAGAGGAGAGAGUCAGAGCAGAGAUCCAGCGUGAGAGUACUGUGAGAAAGCAACAAGAGGAAAACAAAAGACGAGAAGAGAUUGAGAGAGUGAGAAGGAGGACAGAGGAGAGAGUCAGAGCAGAGAUACAGCGUGAGAAUAAUGAUAGACAACGAGAGGAGAACCAAAAUACACCAGAGUGUGAUGAAAGAAGUGGAUUUAAGAAGUUUUUUUCCAAGUAUUGGAAACACUUUUUAAUGGGCAUUGCAGCCGGUGCUAUAAUUGGUGGACCUGUUGGUGGAAUUGUUGGUGGAGUUAUUGGUGGAGUUGUAGCCUUAAUUGUGGAUAAAAGGCAGAGGCGUCACUAAUGGGUGGAAAGAAUGUUGAAAUAUCAUGAAAGAUAAUAUCAAUGCCAACCACAACAUAGGUUGAAUGUAAUGAGUCAGAAGAUAUAAAGAAGAAAUUAAUAAACCUUUGAUCAGAAUUUUGAGUUUCUGUAAGUUAUCUACAGUCAUUUAUCUUUGUGGUCUAUAACAUGAAUUGGUGAUUUUUGAUGAUUUGUUGAGUUCAUUUUAUUUGUCAGUUAACACUUAAAAAUCUAAAAACAGAAAACCUUCACUUUAGUAUUAAAAUCAAACUUCUAGGGGUGUGCAAUAGAGCCAAUAUCUGUACCUGUUCUAAUCUCAAAAUCAUUUAUCUCUGUUCAUUAGAAACCUGUUUAAUGUCAUUCUGUUCCCUUUAUAAUUUUAAUUUAACAGAUAUACCUUGUAUAACUUAAAAAUAUAUAUUAAUUUCUAUUAUAAUUACAAUUAAGGAAUUAGUUUAGCUAGGGAAGUAAGCUUGUUGAAACAAUCACAUAUAUAAAACUCUGUAGUUGAUUAGAGAACAUGAAAGCUGAAAGAAAAUAUUAACCAGUGUGUGACAAGUGCCUGCAACAUAGGUUGGAAUAAUGAAACAGUGUCUGGGUUAGUGGAGAACAGAAUAAAUACUGGCAGUAAAUAAAUCACAUAAUCAUGUAAAUAUGUAUUUUGUAAUUCAGCAUUCACAUAAAAGACAUGAACCAUAAUUAGCAGCAUAACAAUAAAAUUGAUACACAAAA